CACACUCUCUUCCAUUGCUCGUAGAGUUUCGGUACUUGAGUGUGUACCAAGUUCCUCUGUUCCCAAAUCCACAGACCAUAACAGCUCUCUCUCUCUCUGUUACAUUCUCUGUAAUGCUACUUAUUGAAAAGCAAUCUCUGUCUUCUUUCUAGAUCUCUUUCUUCUUCCUUGAAAACUAGUAGCAGAUCAUGAUCAUUUCUCCCUCCAUGGCCGAUCUGUUUCAAAGCUCUGUUUUCAGCAGCAGGUUGGCGGGGGCUGUCUGUGUUGCAAAGUUGGUGUUGUUCUGUGCAGGGAUCAUAUCCACUGUAAUUUUCUUCAAAGUGGCUAUAAUCCCAUUUGCAUUUGAUCUUGUUCUUUCUGCUUUGCCCAGGAUUUGGAUCUCUUUACGAAGCUGGUUAGCUCCUCCUUAUAUCUAUAUCAUUCUCAAUUUUAUCAUCAUCACCAUUGCUGCUUCUUCCACACUUGAGUACAAAAAUGACAGGGACACGAAAUCAUCCUCUGGAAAAACCCAGUUUCUUUCUGCUGAUAAAAGUCCAGGCAGUCUCUGGCAUGACGUCGAUGUUGAUGAAGAUGAUGAAAUAUCACUGAACUUUGUGAAAACCAUUAAUCCAUCUGUAAAGCUCUGCAGUUCCUCUGACUCUGGCUUGGCAGAUUCUGGUAAAAAACUGCAGGUAGGAGAAGAGACGACUACUACUGCGCCGACGACGACGACCCUUGAACCGCCAGAAGAAGCAGAAGAGGACACGAUGGAGGAAACGUGGAAGCUGAUCAUGGAAGGUCAAGGGAAGGAACUGUCACGGCAGUUAAAGAAAAGCGAGACAUGGGACACACCUCCUCGUGCGGCGGUGGAUACUGCUGCAGCAGCUGAUCAUGAUGAGAUUGAUCCGGUUGCGUGGGCUCGGCGAGAGCUAAGAAAGUCGGAGACUUUCAGUGACAGAGCGUCAUUAAGGAGGGAGAAAUCGAUGAGUCAGGACGAGUUGAAUCGGCGAGUAGAAGCUUUUAUCACCAAGUUUAAUAAUGAGAUGAGGCUUCAACGACAGGAAUCAUAUCAACAAUUCAUGAAGAUGGUUAAUGGAGGUGUUUAAUUUGUAAUUAAUUAAAUAUGGGUUUGUUAAUUCUUUAGUUUAGACAAAUAAUUAAAGUUUGGUGAUUGAGUUUUGAAUGCAGAUUAUGGAAAUAAAAUGGAAGUUUAUGAAUUUGGUAUACCAAACUGAAUGACGGAAGAGGUUAAAGAGAUGGAUUAAGAAAUGAAAAGAGAUUCCGUUUAUCUUUAUUCAU